CGAUGGAAUUGUCAAGACUGCGGUCAGCUCUCAGCCAUUUGCUGCAUUGGCAUGGUCUGGCGCCAUGUUGGUUGUUCCGCUUUUGACAACAGGCACAACACAGCACCUUGCCAUGCUUAACGGUUUCAAUUCAAUCAACGACAUUCUGAUAUACUGGAACAUUUGCGAAGAUACCUACCUCCGUGGUGACAAGACCAAUUCUCGGUCAAAGCUGUUGCAACUUUUGGUGAAGCUAUACUCUCUGAUCAUUCAGUAUCAAGCCCAGGUGGUCUGCCACCUCUCCAGUUCGCAGGCUUCGCGGGCGUGGCAGAAGGUCGGGGGCCAACAAGACUGGGAAGGAAGUUUUAACCACAUCGAAAAAGUCAGCAAACAAUGCCGUGAAUGUCUCGAACCCUUAGAACAGCAAACUGCGAAGAAUUUCAACCUCCAACUGGGGGAGAUGCAAAAGUCUCAGGCGAUACUCGACCAGAUUCGAGAAUGUAUCCGCGAUGGACAGGAACAAACAAAAUGGUACUACGAAGACGAAAGCGAAAAGCAAUUGCUUCAUGACUUUGCUACCAGUCAUGAAAGCUUCAAAAACUUCAACCCAACGAGAGUGAAUGGAACGUGUGAAUGGUUCUUCAGAGACGAAAGAUUCCACGCGUGGCGUGAGAACAGAUCAAGUGGUCUUCUCUGGGUCUCGGCAGGUCCUGGAUGUGGGAAAUCAGUGCUAUCAAAGGCCUUGAUUGAUGAGGGAAGGCUUUCAACUAAAGUUGUAGCCUCGACGGUUUGCCACUUUUUCUUCAAGGAUGGUGACACAAGGCGCAUGUACUCCACUCAGGCUUUGUCCGCCAUUCUUCAUCAGAUUUUCAUUCAAGAUCCUACCGGAAACCUGAUCAAGCAUGCCCUCCCGAGUCAUCGAAGCUAUGGCAAAGGACUUUGCAGAAACUUCCCAGAACUCUGGAAAAUAUUUACUCAGUGCGCCGCAUCUUCCGAAACAGAAAUGGUCUGUGUUUUCGAUGCUUUAGAUGAGUGCGAGAAUGGCAGCGGGCACGAGCUGAUUGAUGCUCUGAAAGACCUUUUCUUCGAGCGCAGAGAGCAUAACCUGAAACUCAAAAUCCUUGUCACCAGCCGCCCUUAUGACAACUUAGAGAGAGAUUUUAGAGCUUUCUCCGCUGUCCCCAGUUAUGUCCACUUUGACGGUGACGAGCGUUCCAACGACAUUGCCCAAGAGAUCAACCUGGUCAUCGAUGCGAAGGUCAAGAGCUUUGCUGCCGAAUUCACCGACGGUGAUCGGCAAAGAAUAUCCCAUCGUCUUAAGAAAGCCAAGAAUCGGACUUACCUGUGGCUUCACCUGAUAUUUGGCAUCAUCGAGCAGAAACCGAGUGAAUACAGUCGACGGGUGGAAAUUGAGCAGCUAUUGUCAAAUCUUCCACGUGAUGCGUCCGCUGUUUACGAAGAAAUUCUAGAUCGCAGCGAUUAUGGCGGAGAAAAGACCGAAAAAUUGCUUCAAUUAGUACUUGCGGCAGAAUGGCCUCUGACACUCGUGGAGGCCAAUAUUGCUUUGACACUGGCUACGUCAGCCAGAGAGAUAGUUUCACUUAACGAUCUAAAGGAAAACAUGUGGUCCACAACCUCAUUUUCGAACAUCUUUAAGAAUCUUUGCGGUCUACUGGUCAAUGUAUACGAUGGGAAGUUGCACUUCGUUCAUCAAACAGUGCGGGAGUUUCUCACAGGCCCACCUGGAAGCAAUUGGGGUGGCCGUUUCGGGAUGCCCGGUGCACAUACUGCCAUGUGGACUGUCUGCUAUAAUUAUAUCAGAUUGCAGGGGGUUCGAAGAUUUUCUGAUGAAGAUACAUUUUGGUUUUAAUUUUCCGAACGCCUCCUUACCGCAUACCCUUUUCUUGAAUACGCCGCCAGAAACUGGAGCAUCCACUAUAACGCGCAAGAAGAAUCCGCUGCUAAAACGAGUCGGUCCAAUGCACGCUUUCUUUGCAAUACAUCUCAAGCUGAAAACGAAAAUUGGCUUUGGGUAGCGUUUGAGUUUGCCAGAUAUCUUGAUUCUGAUCUACAGGUUGCCGCGUAUCUCGGCCUGAGGAUGGUUGUC